CUGUCCAGGUUCGGUGGCUCCGCCCGUCCGGCGGGCGGUAUUGCCCUACCCGUGGGCCGUGGGCCGUCCCGCCCGUGUCCGACCCUGUUUCUUUUCCAGGCGCCCGCGUUGCCCCGCCCGUCCUCGUCCGCCAUAUAAGCGCCCCGCGGCGACCGCCUGCUCACCUCACCUCACCUCGUCCUCCUCCGACUCUCCGACCACCCGCAGGCCGCAGCAGCAACAGCCCAACAGGCAAAGCUUUGCUUAGCUCCUCAACUGCUCAAGGCAUCAGGCCGUCCUUCCUAGCCUAGCCAGUAAGCCAGAGGACACAACAGCCACACCCAGGCCUAUAUAUACACGCGCGCCAUGGCCUCCGCCUUCUUCUUCGACGCCGAGCCGGACUGCGAGCCCAGCCUGCUGCCCACGCUGGACGCCUGCGCGCUCUGCGCCAAGCCGCUGGGACGCGACUGCGACAUCUUCAUGUACAGAGGGGACACGCCCUUCUGCAGCGAGGAGUGCCGCGACGAGCAGAUGCAGCUCGACGCCAUCCGCGCCAGGCAGCAGGCCGCCAGGUCCGCCGCACGGAGGCAGCAGCAGCACUCCUCCAGAACGGAGUCCAGGCACCAGGAGUCCAUGAAGGUAUCCGUGGCGACCUGAACGGAGUCCUGAUGACUAGUACAAGACAUCCUCUUGUGCAGUUGUGUGUCAACAAGAUUUCUGCACAUGAAGAAACGUCGAUGGAGCCGGCGGGACACAGGACGUCGAUUUCUCCGUCGCUGUUGUCCUGCCUGAGCACCGCCGAUGGGACGAUGCUACCGUCUAUCGGCGCAACGGCACCCGGCCGGGGGCGAAGGGACCACUCGCUUUGAUCCUUGGCCCGUGCAGGGUAUGAAGAGUGUGUUUUAGCGUUGAUUGUACACCUGUUUGUUCUUUGUAAAGCCGGUGCAUGAUCUGGGAAUUUGUUUCCCAUGUGAGGUUUCAAAACGAUCUCUGCUCUACCACAACUCCACAAGCCAAGUUUGCAAGUGGGCGUCGUCAAGAACUCAAGAUCUAUGGCACAUACGUUUUCCUGUGUGUGGGUUCCCUUCCACUUGUCUCCAAUAUAUUCUUACAACAAGAGCA